CGGCGAACACUUAAAUGAACGCUAAAUCUAAAGCGCCAUCGCUGUGUUUAACCUCGUUGGCAGUGCAUGCAUAUUUUUGAUAGUUCAUAUAUGAGAACAUUCACGUAGUUACCUUUUGAUGGAAAACGUCAAAUCAAGUAGGCAGUUGUGAUUUCAUAGAAUAGUUGUUAUUCAUUUGUAUGCUGUGCGCUCACCUGAACAGCUUGAUAAUGGAAGAUUUGCGCGCCUUAAACAACUGCGAGCCCUUCAAACAGCUACGCACUGGACUUACUAACUAUCAUACCCUUGUGAAGCCGUUGAAUAGCUUCAACUAUAUUAGUGGCAAUGAUCAACCAAUCAAGGAAAUAGCAGAAGUUGUGCUAAAUGUGCUACUGGAGCAUAACCUGGUUAUUGAAAACAUAUUUCUUGUUAAGGCUGAGGAGCAUCUGGAGGUCAAAGUGAAUCCUGCUGCUGACUUGGAUCGUCUGCGCGGCAUACUAAUGUAUUUGAUACUGAACAGCGCAAUGGGCAAAAAGGAGAAGGAGCUGGAACUGGCCAAGUGGAACCCGCAGUUUGUGCAUUUGCUCAAACAGCUGCCGGAGCCGUUGACGCAGGUUUUGACUGUGAGCAUCGCUCUGCUGUGCGGCCUCCACGAGUUGCUCUUCGAGUUCUUCGCCUAUGGGCCCGCCUGGCUAACAUCUCAAUACUUCGAUCGUCUCAGCGGUGUCCUGGGCCACUUUGUGGAGAAUAAGGUGGAUACGCUCACGUACAUUGGCGGCGCCCUAAACGCCGUGACUAACGCAAUCUGCUAUCGAUACUCAAUGCCCAUCAUCGACAACUCGAUGGCGCUGCUCCAGCGUCACUUGCUAUCCAGCGAAGAGCGUCUGCGCAGCGCUCUGCCCACCAGCAGCGGCCGCAACCGCUAUUUGGCCAAAUCGAUUUGCAUGCUGCUCGAUGUCGUCGUCCAGAUCUUGAAUUGCCUGCAGAAGCCGCCACGGGCUCCCAAUUACGCGUCCAUAUAUGCACUGCACUCAUCGCCCGUGCAUCCGGACAAUGUUCCUCUGCCCUCGGCUCAGCAGCAGCUGCAGAUCUUUGGCUGCAAACUAAUGGACUCCGUCCAGCUGCUGUUGCAGCUGAUCAGCGUGGACACCUAUAUGACCUGGCACGAGAUGAAGUCCGAUCACGUGCUCUUCAACAUGCAGGCCCAAGUGAGCAACCGGUGCCUGAAGGUCACCCAACUGCUGGCUUCUGGGCAGAAGGAGCACGAGUCGCUCUUCAAUCAUUCGCUCAAUUCUCAGCUCUCGAACUUUGUGGGUGGCGCCCAGAGCUUCGAGCAGUGCCUGUCCGACCUGACCCUGGGCGAGCUGCUCAGCUUUCUGGACGGCGAGUCGGGUGAAGCUAGUGACGAGGAACUGUCUAAGGCGCUCGAUGAGCUGCUGUCCCGUUCCAUUUGCUUCGGCAGCGCUGAGUGUGUCCAGAGCAUGGUCAAGCACAAGCAUCUCAUGGGUGCAAAGCAUCUCCUGCUGAUGAUUGAACACUUGGGUCAAGUGGUGCAGCUGCGCAAAGCAGAGGUUGAAGAGAUGGACGGGAUCAAGGCCGAAACCGCCGCUGCCAAUCCGGCAAAUGGGCAGGAACAGGCAAGGAAUUAUAAAGGUCCACAGGACGUAGUUCACACUGAGCCGCCAAAUGCAGGCAAUGCAGCCAAUGAGCAGGAGACACAGCCAGAGCUAAUGGAUAUCGAGCUGCCAAGCAACGCAGGGCGCCGUGAGCAGGAGGAGGAGGAUUUGCAUAAUAUGCAGCUAGAUGUGAUGAACAAUUCCAGCACUUCCAGUGGGGACGACGAUGAUUCGGACCACUAUGACUAUGAGAUAGCCGAUGUCAAUGCUCCGUAUACCGAGCUCAUAAACAGCCUGGUGCUACCGCUCUACCAGAGCAUUACGGACACCCAGGUGAAGAUGGACUUGCUGCAUAAGCGCGAUCAGCUGGAUGUGCUGCAUCAGUUCGUGUUCUAUCAGCCACAGUAUAUGUCACGCCGCAUCUUCUUCUACAAUCAGCUGGGCUACUGGAAGGACAACUUCCCAAUCAAUGAGUUCCUCGAUCUGUGCUUCGAACAGCCCGAAGAGACCUGGCUGGACUUUGCCCGUUUGGGCAUGAAGCAUCAGAGAUUCUGUCUGCUCUACUUGACUACCAUCAAGCGUUUACUGCCCCACUCUCUGAUUCUAAUGGAAUCGACCGUCAAGAGCCUGCUGAACGACGUCCAGCUGGCGACCCAAAGCGCCACCACUCAGUAUGCCACGGCCUCGACGGAGAUGCUGCUGUGUCUCUACGAGCAGCCCAUCCUAUUGCAGAGGAUCGACACGCCUGUGGCAGCGCUGAUGCUGCAGCAGCAGAAGCUGCCCUUCCGGCAAAGUCAGGAGCGCUUCUUGGCUGACCUAAUCGAGGCCUUGUCCAAGUUCUCCCUGAACAAGAGCUUCUCAGCCGUGGAGAAGACAAUGCUAGUGCUGCUCCAGCUGGAUUCCGUGGAGCGGCAGCUGAUGAAGACUGCCAAGGAUAAGGUGAAGUCCAAGCACUCUCAUCUCAAUAGAUUGUUGCAAUCCAAGGCGAGGACAAAUUCCAAUGCCAAGAGUUACUCAUCAUCGAUCAUCGCGGUCGCAGUGCGCCGAGCGCGCCAUCAGCUGCAGCUGGCCAAGGCCCAAAUGAUUCUGCACUACUCAUUCCACAGAUACAGAAGCACCAACUGGGACAUCAUCGCCCAGGUGGUCCUAAGCAUGGAUCAGCUGAGGGCGAAGCCAGAGAACUUCCACCGGAAGCGCAUCGCAGCGCUCGACCAAACUUUGAAGUAUUACAUAAAACAUGCGAACCGCUUGAUAACGAGCAACGAGGUGUUGCGUGGGCGCUUGCGCCUGCUGAUUGCUGAGAAGGUGGAGCACAAACACUUGUGGCACAACGAGGAGCUGGAUUUGCUAAGGGAUGCAAAGCGUUCGAUUAGCGAAUAUACCAAGCUGCUUAGCGUGGCAUCGACUGUGGAGUCGAUUCAGUUGCUGCGCUGCGCGAUUCGUCUCAAUUUUGGCUUGGCUGUGCUGCAGCGUUUCUCUGAUCAGGUGGAUGCCAUGAACUCAGACAGGGCUCAGAAUGCGUACAACUUUACAUUUAAGUGCUACAUGCAAGUGCUCUACUGUGAAAUGAUUCAGCACGCCGACCCCAGCAAGUAUCCGCUGCUCAUUGAGCACAUUCUGCGCGCGCCAAAAAUCGCGAAUCCGGAAAAUAUACUUUCCGCCAUGUCGAAUUUUAAAGUUCUACUUCGUCCCACUGGCGUUAGGAGCCAAGCACUCAUACAGCGCUUUAUCGCUGAAAGUCUAGCUUUAGCCAACCGCAUCUGAGAGUUCUACAUCAAAAACUAUGUACACUUAUUUUUAGUAUAACGCAAAAUUUUGCGUAUCAACAAAAUUUUAAAUUAGACUUAUGGCGCCAUUGAAAUCGUCGCCUAAGCAACAAGGCUGUUAUGAUACGCUACACGUGAAAGGAAUAUACAUAAAGCAUAAUAUGUAGCCAGAAACAUUUGUAAUACACAUGAACACAAUCACAUA